AUGGCCAAUCGUCUACAAUCUCUACACACUGCUCUACAAUCCUGCUACGACCACGACAUUAACUGGACUCUUUUGCCUGAAAAAUUGCACAGGGUAAGCAACCACAAUCCAUUCUGUCUUAUAAACCAUUUCCAAUUUAAUCAUCGUCAUGAAACAUAAAGUAUUCUUAAUCCACUAUUUAUCCUUUCAAAUUUUUAGGUCUGCGCAUUGUUUGGCAAAGGUCUAAAGCAACAAGCGAGCACCGUGCUAUUGGGUUUCCUUUCUCUUAUAUCCUUUUGCAUUGGUCAUGGUGCCAUAGACGUUGCGCAGUUCUGGAGGGAGCCAAGUAUUCUUUGGUUGGUGAUCGUUCUUCCAACUGGUAAGCAAAACGUUAACUUUCGAUAGUGUAGUAUGUAUUUAACACUUCCUUUCCCACAGGCAUCGCCAUAGGCAAAGGCAUAUACUAAAAUCCUGCGUAUACAGCCAAUGAGCCACACUGAAUGACAAUUUGCGCCCAUGCAUGUGUAUGCACUUCUAGACAAACAAAUGACACUUGCCACAUAAAAACUUGUCAUACAAAAUAUUGUCCAGGCCGCGCAUAUUGCAGGACAAAUAAAAAUUUGUCAUACAAUUACUUCCUCCACUGUAACAUGCUUUAUAGUUCUAGCCGCACAUUUUUUCAUCAUAGGUUUUUGUGUUAGUGGCUGUGAACGAAAAUGCGCCUACUUAGGCCUUAACUCCAAAUAA